AUAUUGAUGAAGAUUUCAAGACCCACCUGGAGAGUCUGGUCCGCUUGCUGCUGAGUCCUGAGAAUCUGGUGGAGAAAGAGAUUGGCGGCUCGAAGAUCAGCUGCAGGAACCUGAGCGAAUACUUCAAGGCUUAUGUUCAGAUCUUCCAAGGCGAGGACCUUCCACAUCCCAGAUCCAUUCUCGAGGCGACAGCUGAAGCCAACAACCGGGCAGCCAUGUCUGUGGCCAUGGAUUAUUAUCGUAAUGCAAUGGAGGGGCUGUGUGGAGGGGACAAAGCCUACCUCCAACCCAGCAAGCUCCGCGAGAGGCACCAGAUCUACCGAGAGGCGGCUGUCGAGAAAUUCCGAGCCAUUAAGAAGAUGGGGGGCACUGCAGUGAGCACGCGCUUCGAGGACCAGCUGGAGGCGGACAUCGAGGGGAUGCUGGACAGCUACCUCAAGUUCAACCGCAGCAAGAAUUUCUUCAGCAUCAUCCGCACACCAGCGGCCAUGCUGCUGUUGAUAAUCAGCAUGCACAUCCUGUCGGGCAUCCUGUCGCUGCUGGGCCUGGGCUUCCUGUCCUUCAUCUUCAGCUUCAUCAUCGGCAUCUGCUCGCUGACCUUGAUGACCUGGUGCUACAUCAGGUACACCGGCUUCAGCCCGGUGCUGGGGGAGAUCAUCGACACGAUCAGCGACGCCGUACUGAGCGGGGUAGCAGCCCUCCUAGUGAAUCAGCAGCUGAACCCCCAGCAAGCUGCCAUCGUGGCUGGAUUGGCGCAAGCCAGCAGAAGGAACUAG